AAAUUGGACUUAUACUCUCACAUGAGAAAGGCACAUAAUGAGCACCUUACAAGCACCAAGGUGAAACGAAACUCAUCAAAGAUCACACCUUGCUUGCUUAAACAAUACAUCUCACACACACACACACGUUUGAGUGAUAGAGAAGGGAGGUUUAAACGUGGCGCGCUUAGCUUAGCUUUUUCAUCUCCAAGGACUGCCCCUCAUAAUCAGAUAACGGAUUCUUCAUUCCUUCAUGGAAACCACCAAACCAUCUCAGAGAUUUCGAACCAUGACUCUUGCAAAGGUAAGGAUGGAGAAAUAAAGCACAUCAAAAGCUGUCUAAAAUUGUUGUCAAAUGAUAGUAAAGUUGUUGUAAAAAACAUGUAAUAUGCCGUGGCAUACUGUACUAUUUUUUAGAACUUGUUGUUUCUCGAUUGUUUUCAAAUCUUUUCACUCCUUAGAGAUAUCUCAUACUUUCGAAAUAGUAUUCUUACUCUGAUUACAAAUUUAACACACACUUUGAUUUAUUUUAAACUAGAAAAACUUGGGAUCCCAUUACUUCAAAUUAUAAAACUUGAUAGUCAUCUUUAGAUUCUUCCCUUGAUUACCUUAAUUUUAAGUAUUAAUUGUGAUUAGAUAAAUGAGAUAUUACAACAAUACUAUCAAGCAUGCUCUUUAAUUUUUGAGAACCAAUCUUACCUCUCACUCAAAAUAAAAAAUAUGACUUGUUUUUUGCAAGGAUACUCCAAGCACUAAUAGAAGUCAAAAAAUAACAUUCACAGUCUCCAGUACUACCUUUAUAGCCCAGAUCUAUAGUAACCCUCCAGCAAUACUAAUUGCUUGUUUCUUUCUCUUUAACAUUAGGAGUCUCAAGGUCAAUGCCUUGAUCAUCAAAAGGUUGCUUUCCCUUUGCUCGAAUCUUCCUAAGUUUUGUCUCGUAGGCCAUUGCGGCAAAAGUGGUUCUAUCAUAUUUACAUUAUAAAAAAGGUUUUAAAUUGUUGCAUUCUAAAUUAAAUAAGCAUUUGUUGCAAUUCCAAUAUUAAAAACAGAUUCAAUGAAAGAAUGGAGUAAGAAAGUGCAAGAAAGAAUGAUUUUGAUUGAGAAAAUUUUAUAAGGGUGGUUAUCUAAUUAAGGAUGGGUUUAGAAUUAUGAUGGGAUUUGAAUCAAAUUUUUUGUUAAAAGUCACUCUAACGUUGCUUAUACUAAAAUUAUGUUCUGGUCGUUGCGAAUGCAUUUUCAAACAUGUAAUAAUGUGACAAGAUUGGGUAAGAUAUUUUUUUGUAAGUGAUAUUAUAAAGGCUAUAUGUAAAAAUUCUAAAUUUUUUAAAUAAAAAUAAUCAAGCUAAUUAAAGGCAAUAUGGUAAAUUGUAGGCUAACUUGAGUAAAACGUGGUUAACGGAUGACAAAUGGGCUUGUCAGGUCUUAAUUGAAGCUUGGAAUAUGACUAUAGGUGAUAUUGGACCACUUUGGGCCCAAUGGGAUGGAACUUAUAGUACAUAAGGUAUUUAUUUAUAAAUAAUAUGACAAAAGCUAGAUGUAAAAAAUAUUAUAAACAAAACAGAAAAUAUAAUAAAUCCCAUGCUCGCUUUUAAAAAGGAAUCUUAGUAUUUGUACCUGUUCUCAACAUUUGCCAAAAGCUUACUUAUUAAAAGUUCAUUUAACAAAUUAAAAUUUGGUAAAAAGUUAUUAUAAUGAGAUUAUCAAAUGCAUGUUUGGGCGUGGUUGUUCCAAGCACUUCACUUCAUCCUAUAAAACUAUCAAAGGCGAUGAAGCAAUAGUUGUUUGACAUAAAUAAUUUUAUAGGCAAUAGACAUCUUGAUAUCAUAGCUAAGAGAAUUUACCACUAUUUUUUUGAUUAAAAAGGAUAUGGGAAAGAGGGAAAGACUAUUGUUGUCAUGUUUUGAGAUGAUGGACGAAGUUGAUAUUAUUGGCUUUUAUAUUAUGCAUGGGGUGGGCAAAACAUCUCUUACGAAAUUUCACAAUAAGUUAGUUCCUCAAAAUGACAGAACAGAUAUAUACGGAUUAAUAAUUAGACUUGUAACCAUUAAAAACCAAGGGAUAUUUGAAAAAUAUUAGGAAAUAAUUGAGCAUGAAUUAAAUAUUAGAGAUGACAUAUGGGAGAAUAUGGGAGAAUGGAACCAGCCAAGGUAAGUUCCACGCACACAUACACAUAGAGUAUAUACACCACAAAAUUAAAUUAAAAUAUAUCCAGAUAGAUAUUUCUUUUGUCUGCAACAUAGGAUGGACAGUAAACAAUUUGUUUACAUCAUUGAGUCCUUCUAAUGGGCUAGCUAGGAUUGGUUGCUGGGCUUAGAAGUGUAAACUGGACUUUGUAGAAUUCUUUUCAACACGAACGAUUUUGCACUUGCAGCUAGCAAAUAGCAAAUAACUAAUAAUUAAUUAAUUCACACUUCGCCGUUUUGUUUAUGAUCUUAAUCAAUUCGAAGCCAUGAGAGGAAAUUAGAUCCGGUCUCUCGAUCACAUCAUAUCAUGGAAUGUUUUUGAAGAGAGAGAGAGAGAGCGUUCGCACAUAUAUAUAAAAUGCACUCACAUUUUCGUAUAUUAACAUAAUCAUAUGAAUAUUUUUAAAUUUUAUAAAUACCAUUUUAUCUAAUUAUCUUAAUGACGUUUAGCAUACUAUUAUAUUAUUUUUCUUUAAAUAAAAACAGUUAACCGCUACACAACUUAAUAGCUCAAAGGCCGGGGUUGAUGACGUUCUGCCUACAAAAAAAAAAAAACAAAGAAAUUAAUGGCAACGAUUACUGAAGCUUCAUAAAAAUGAUACAAAGCGUCAUCAUUAAGUUUGUAUCCAGACAACAAACUGCACAAUUUCUAUUAAACACAAAUUUAUUCAACAAUUUUUACAGCAUCCAGCUAAAUACUGGAGUCCUCUCUUGA